CAAGGCGCAUCCCAAGAAUCCCACGACGCAGGACUGCCUUAUGUUUGGCGCGACAUCCACGGGGAGAACGACUGGGUUGGGCUUCUUGACCCCAUGGACCCCCUUCUACGAUCAGAACUGAUUCGCUACGGCGAAAUGGCUCAAGCCUGCUACGACGCUUUCGAUUACGACCCCUUUUCCAAGUACUGUGGAAGCUGCCGAUUCACGCGUGGCAAGUUCUUCAAGUCCCUGGGAAUGAAUCAACUCGGCUACGACGUCACGCGCUACCUCUACGCCACCCCAAACAUCAACCUCCCCAACUUCUUCAAGAAGUCCCGAUGGCCCAGAAUGUGGAGCAAUGACGCUAACUGGGCGGGAUAUGUCGCCAUCUCCGAUGAUCGAGCUACCAAAAGACUGGGCCGCAGAGACAUAACGAUUGCAUGGAGAGGAACUGUGAGCCGGCUGGAAUGGAUCGUGGACUUGAUGGAUUUUCUCAAACCCAUCUCCUCCAACAACAUCCCCUGCCCGGACCAAACAGUGAAAGUGGAAUCCGGUUUUGUGGAUCUCUACACCUCCGAAGGACGACGCGUGCCGGUUCUGCAAUACUCGGCGAGGGAGCAGAUCUUGGCAGAGGUAAGGCGGUUGCUAGAAAUGUACGAAGACGAGGAACUGAGCAUAACGAUCACGGGCCACAGCCUGGGGAGCGCGCUGGCUGUAUUGAGCGCUUACGACAUAGUGGAAACGGGGUUGCACGUGAAGAAGGAUAGCAGAGCAGUGCCGGUCUCGGUGUUUUCGUUUUCUGGUCCGAGAGUGGGGAACGUGAGGUAAGAGAGGUUGGAGUGCCUGGGAGUGAAGGUUCUGAGGGUGUUUAACGCGCACGAUAUUGUGCCCAAGUCACCUGGGUUUUCGUUCAACGAGCAGGUGCCGUCGAUGCUGAUGAAGAUGGCCGAGCCUUUGCCGUGGAGCUAUUCACACGUUGGGGUGGAGUUCCAGUUGGACCAUCACAGCUCGCCGUUUCUGAAGCCCACCAACGAUCCUGUUUGUGCCCAUAACUUGGAGGCUCUCUUGCAUUUGAUUGACGGAUACCACGGAAGAGGCAGAGAUUUGUUGCUGGCGAGUGGGAGGGACCCUGCACUGGUGAACAAGGCGUGCGACUUCUUGAAAGAUCAUUACUUGGUGCCGCCUAACUGGAGGCAAGACGAGAACAAGGGCAUGAUCAAGAACAGGGACGGACGAUAACAGCCUGAACGCCCUAACCUCGACAUCACCCUCACGACAUUCAUCAUCAUCUCUGCCAGUUAG